AUGUCUAAUCCGGAUCCACAGCGAUGGGUAUGGCCACCCGGCGGCGAGCCUUACCCACCCACAGCACAGACGGGCUCCUUCGGUCCAAUCCAUCUCAAUGAUAAGAUAGUCGUCAGCUGGACGCCGUCAACAACGCCAGAUGUCGCGCUGUACUGUCUCACGCCGUCGAAUGUUCAGACGGGCGUCUGGGUUUCGCAAUCUAUUGCACCCCCAGUAACUUACCAGUUCGACACGCCGGCAAACAGGAGUGACGGCGAGCGCAUCUUCUGCCACAUGACAUUUGAACCCAGCACGCUGGGCAACACGGUCGUGUGGGAGUUCCUCAACGAAGCUGCGGAGGUUGCGACGACUUGGACGGCCGACUCGCCCUCCUCCGCACCGGGAAGCAGGAGCAUCAGUACUAUGUCUACCGGAAGCAACACGGUAACAAGUACGCAACAGACAAGUGCAAGCUCAGCUACGAUGAGAUCUUCUCAAGCGCAUUCGUUGGAUAUUGCCACUUGGGGGGACAGCACGGUCACCGCCCUGAUUGUGAUGUCGGGCUCCUCUACCCAGGGUCUGAUGGCGGUCUCUACGAGCAUAAAUCUAUCGGCCGCGGCUUCAAGCUCCUCUUCCCAGCCGCUCAGCGCGUCUCUCACGAGCACAGCUCCACCGGCCCUCCCGAGCGGUCUCUCAGCCGCAGCAGGUGCAGGAAUCGGUGUUGGCGCUGUAGUGGGUGUGGCAGUACUCGCUGGAUUUGGGUUCAUGUUGUGGCGGAGACGACGCCGGCGCUUGGCCCAGAGAGGAUUUAAUGGGCAGAUAAGUGGAACCCAGUUCGGAGUAGAGGAACUGCCAUCUCAACAUGGUGUCUCGGAACUCCGGAAUAAGAACAGCGUCGAGGUUCAGGAGUUGAGCGGCGAUCAGGGGAUAUCGGAGCUUUCUGGCAGUGACGUGAACUAUGCGAAGAAGGGAUGA